UUAUUGUCUAUCAAUUGGAGGGAAAAUAUUCUAAUUUCUCUUUUUUUUUGUUCUAUUCUAAAUUUUUUGUUCUCUUCUUCUCUUUUUCCAUUUGGUUAACCUUUUUGUCUGUUAUGUGUUCAUUUGUUUAAUUAAUUUUCUUUAUCAACAAUUAGAAUGAAAUUAAUUGUUUUCGUUAUUAUUUUGAAUAAUUUAAUUGUGUCCACGUUAACUGCUACUUCUAAUUCAUCUUCUAAAAGUAAUCGGUCAAAAGAUAAUGUUAAUUAUUUUGAUGGAUCUUUACUUAAGGAAAAUCAAUUCCAUUUUGCUUCAGCAAAAGAGGAUUUAUGUGGAUUAAUUGUUCCUGGAUUACAAAUGAUGACCCGUGGAAUUGAUUUAACUAAACUUGAUCUUCUACAUGAUUAUACUUCGGACAACAAUGAUGGUUUUGUUAAGUGUUCCUUCAUUGAAUUAACCUGUAAAAAGAAACGAAAAUUUUUUCUAUCAGGAUCUGCUUAUGAUGUUCCUGAUCAAGUUUUGAGUAUUGACUUACUUCCCCGUGAAACAAUUAAGACCCAUUUCUCAAUCAUAACCAGCCUUGAGGAGAUCAAAAGUGAAUUCAGGUUAACUUCAGGAAUAGAAGGACCUUUGGAUCGAGGAGCUUUCUCUCAAUCGGCUUCUUAUCAAAAGUACCAAUCGAUUCUAUUAAACUCUUCCAAAACCAUUGCGAGUUUACAGUUAAUAACACCAACAACUCGUAUUAAUUUAGCACCAAGGACAUCUCUUCGUAAAUCCUUAUCUGAAUUUAUGGAAGAUUUCAUGGCAGAAGAGUUACCAGAAAGAUAUGAAGAAGCACCGGAAAAAUAUCAAGAAUUCAUUGAAAAUUAUGGCACUCACUAUUUCCGUUCUGCGCUUUUUGGUGGUGUCUUCAAGUAUUUCACCCAGAUUGACACACCAACCGACACAUCAACAUCUAAAUCAAUGACGGAUUCGGAAUUAACUUCAUCAAUCAACAAUUAUUUCAUGUCUUUAUUAAGUCGCAAAGGUGUGGUCAGUAAAGUUUUCGAGAAAAAGGAAAACAAAGCAUUUAGAGAGAAAUUAUCAACUAACCAAUCUUAUUACGGUGGUGAUGCUUUUCUCCUCGAAGUAGAUCGAUACGAAAAUUGGUUACCUACCGUUCCCCGAAAUCCAUGGCUAGUUAAUGGACAAUUUGGCUCAAUAACCGAAUUGAUUAGAAAUGAAACAAUUCGCAUCGAAUUAACUAAAGCAAUUGAUAUUCACAUGGGAUUAGCUUACAUUCGCGAACUAUUAAGAUUAGCUGACCACCAAAUAAACAAAUUCCCGAGUAAAUUGAACAAAAUUAACCCGGUAUUGGACAAAGUUAAACAAAUGAUCAAAUUCCAAUUUCCAUCAUUGGAACAAAUUAAAACAAUGAUAAGAGAAUUAGAAUCGAUUAAAGUUUUAACAAAACUUUUCCAUCUCUAAUAUGUAAUUUAUAUUCAUAAAUUUAAUAAAAUAAUGUAUUCGAUACAUUUAACUGACAA